UUGGUUGCUUUCUUGUGAGUUCCGUUUGUUUGUUUUUUUUUAAAGAAGCUAGGUGAUGUCUUCUCUGCUCGCAAGGAUAUUUCAGUGUUGUAUGAAAUAUCUGGAUUAAAUGACUUGACAUUGAAAAAUCCUUUGCUGGCUGAUUAUGAUAUUGACCUGAUAUAACAGCUGACCAAUGCUGUGAGGUUAUAAAAGUCAUGAGGUGAAGCUGCCAACUGGAGAAAGAAAGUGAGUUUACCUGUUGAAUUCAAGCACACUUUCUUUGUUCAGUUUUCUUUGUGACUAGUUUGGCAGAGAUUCAACUUUAAGAAUGGAAAGUUAAUGAGCUACUCACUAAUCCAGUAGAGGUGAUCGUCCACUUGUCUAUACAGGCUUUAAUAAUGACUGCUGCACUUUCACCAUAUGAAAAUUUAAAGUCAAGAGUCUUGAAGAAUAUAGAAUUGAUAUGUGUGGAUGAUAAAAUUAGAAAUGAUUUCAGAGAAGAGUCUGAAUCAUGGCGAGACCUAAAAAAGGUUACAAGUAUGAAAGAACUGAUACAACUUCUUGAAGAUCGAGAUGUCUUAACAGAGUGGAAUGUUGCUAUUUUUGAGAAACUAGUGAAACUUCUCGGUAACAAAGAGUCAGUUGACUUAAUAAAAGCUUACAAAAAACUGGAACUUUCUGAUACCACUCCUCAAUGUUCUGUUUGCCAUUGCAAAAUCCAAAUCACACCAGUCCAAUUGGAUCCUGUUUUGUAUUCAGCCAGUGAUUCUGAUGAAAUGGAAAGUGCAAUGUUGUACAUCAGUCGCAAUUAUGGGUGUAGAUGGAAGCAUCUUGCAAGGGCCUUGAAAGUUCGUGAAGGAGAUAUAGACAAUAUCUUCUGUGACAACCCACAUGAUACUUGUGAACAGACUUACCAAGCAUUGCGUCGUUGGAGAGAAGAGCAUGCUUCUAGGGCCAAUAUGAAUGUACUACUGAAAACACUCAGGUCUUCUCCAUGCAACCGAACUGAUUUGGCUGAAAAGUUGCAGAAAGGCUAUCACCUAAAUUAACAUAUUUUUGGACAAGGUCAUACAAAUGAUUUCCAUAGCAGUAAUUGUGCUACUUCAUAAUUUUCUGUUCAAUAAAAUUUUUUCAAAUUAAGAUUUUAGUUUGA